AUGGGAGAAGGAAAAGAGACGGAGAAAACGAAUUCGACGGGUUUUCCGAUAAAAUCGAUAUUUAUCGCUACAUUCGCGCUGCUCUUUGCCGUUACGGUAACUGCGCUGCUCACUUGGCACAUAACGAGAAAUGCAUUGCGGAGUUCCGAUGAUGAUCAGACGAGUGCUUUAACAAACUCCCCUGAAGACAAUAUCAAAGCAGAAGACUUGAGGCUUCCAACAUCAGUGUUACCAAUUGAUUACGAGCUAACUAUAAAAGCGUACCUUCCUGGUUAUGGCUACGUUGCUGACGAGCGGAACAAAACGUUUGAUGGACAAGUCAAUAUUCGUCUGAAAAUCUUGAAGACUGUCAAAAAACUAACGCUUAACUCUGUGGAUCUCAAUUUUACAAAUGCAAAAUGCUCCGUCACAGUGGGGGAAAAAUCAAUUCCAAUCGAAUCAAUUGUCAUAACUAAACAACUCGAAAAAGUUUCAAUUCUUUUGACAGAUGUGCUUGAAGCUGAUACUGAAGCAAUUUUGAAGCUUGUGUAUGUCGGAGCAAUCAGAGAUGACAUGUCAGGGCUUUAUCAAACUGUUUAUAGGAAUCAUGAUGAAGAGGAAAAAAUGGCAGCUGUUACUCAAUUCGAGCCGAACAGUGCAAGAAGAAUGGUCCCUUGUUUCGAUGAGCCCGCGUUCAAAGCAAAUUGGACAGUGACCGUGAUUCACCCCAAAGGAACUGUAGCAUUGUCAAACGGAAUUGAGGACAAGACAACAGAAAUUGAUAAUUUCUUAAGCACCAAUUUCAAAACGACCCCUAAAAUGUCGUCGUACUUGUUGGCAAUUUUCAUUUCUGAAUUUGAAUAUAUCGAAGGAAAAACUAAUAGUGGAGUUCGAUUCCGCAUUUGGUCGAGACCCGAAGCGAAACAUCAAACAGAAUAUGCACUGAGCGCGGGAAUCAAGUGUCUCGAGGCUUAUGAAAAGUAUUAUGGAAUUUCAUUCCCAUUGGAAAAGCAAGAUAUGAUCGCUGUGCCAGAUUUCUCUGCGGGAGCUAUGGAAAAUUGGGGUUUGAUUACCUAUCGCGAGGAUAAUCUGUUGUACGAUCCUAAACUUUACACGCCUGAGCAAAAGCAAAGAGUUGCAUUGGUUGUCGCCCACGAACUCGCUCAUCAAUGGUUCGGAAACUUGGUGACAUUGAAAUGGUGGGAUGAUUUAUGGCUGAAUGAAGGAUUCGCGACCCUCGUACAAUAUAUGGGGACUGAUGUGAUAAGUGAUGGACACUUUAAAAUGAAUGACGUGUUUGCGAUUCUCUCUUUGAGCACCGCACUAUCAGCGGAUAGCAUGGCAACCUCUCAUCCGCUUUCCUUUAAAAUCGACAAAGCGCAGGAAGUUAUGGAAGCGUUUGAUCAAAUUUCCUACGAUAAAGGAGGAUCUGUCUUGCGAAUGUUGCGCAAUGUUAUGAAUGAGACCAACUAUCAAAGAGGAGUUCAGAAAUACUUGGCAACCCAUCAGUACAGUAAUGCUGUUUCUUCGGAUCUCUUCAGAGCAUUCGAUGAAGCCAAUCCGAAUAAGAGCCUCAACGUCUCGUAUUUUGCAUCGCAAUGGACAACACAGCUUGGAUAUCCCGUUUUGAGUUUGGAACGGAUCAAUCACACUCAUGUGACCAUCACACAAUCACGAUUCAAGGAUUCCAAAGAUACUGAAGACCCUGAGAAGUACAGAAAUCCUGAAUUUGGAUUCAAAUGGGAUGUUCCAGUUUGGUACCAAGAAGAAGAAAAUAAAGAUGUCAAGUUCGAAUGGCUUUCGAGAGAUGAACCACUGACGAUUUCGGCCAAAUCUCCUGUAGUUUUGAACUCCGACGCUUUCGGUUUAUACCGCGUGUUUUACAGCGAAGAAGAAUUCAUUAAAAUUGUAAACCAGCUACUCAAAAAUCAUGAGGUUUAUUCUCCAAAAACCCGCGCUCGUUUAAUCGAAGACGCGUUCAAAUGUGCAGUUGCUGGAAUGAGCGAUUAUGAUCUCCCAAUCAAGAUGCUUGAAUAUUUGAAAAACGAAAAGGAAUAUCUACCAUGGGCAACUGCUCAUAAUAUGAUUUCUAGCAUUUUAAGCUAUUAUGGAAGUGAACCAGAAGCUGAGCCAAUUAAGGAAGCGUUAUUGAAACUUGUCGCUUUAUCCCCGGCAAAAACGAGUGAUGAGUUUAUCACUAAAUAUUAUACGGACGAUUCGAAGCAUUUCGAAACAACUAUCGGAAGUAUUCUCCGUCGAUCGGAAUGUCUUAAUGGAAAUAUGACAUGCAUCGAGGAUAUGAGAAAGAACUUCAAAACGCAAUUUUUGGAUAAAUGCGAUGGAACAAAACAAUCAUCCGAAUGCUCGACCGUUCCUGCGCCGUACCGAAGAACAGCUUAUUGUCAUGGUGUUGAACAAGCUGAUGCUAAAGUGCAUAAUCUAAUUAUGAAACUCUAUUUGAUGGAAAGUAAUCAGAUCGAAAAAAAUAAUUUGCUACGUGGUUUGACUUGCCGAAAAGACGUCCGCUACCUUAAAGGACUCCUUCUAAACGGCUUGAAACCGAAGGGAUCAGACUUCAGACUUCAAGAUCUUGGCAUACUAUACAAUCUUGUUGAAAGCAAUGAUAUUGCUGGAGAAUUUAUGUUCAAUUUCCUUCUGACAAGAUGGAAUCAGUUGACAAAGCGGUCAUGGAUUGAACCAUUGGUGACUACCGAUAAACAACCACUAGACUACCCAUCAAUCACUGAUAUGACGACAACGUCAGAAAAACCUUUUACUACUAUUGGUCCUCUGAAUUAUAUUCCUGUAUCGCAAUCUCGGCUUCCAACUGUUGCGGAGCCGAUCGACUAUAAUUUAACGAUGAAAGUAUUCUUGCCUGGUUAUGGUUACGUUGCUGAUGAAAGAAAUGAAACAUUCGAAGGAGAAAUCGAUAUUCGAAUGAAAAUCUUGAAGGAAGUCAACCAAUUGAAGUUGAACGCAUUAGAUCUGACUUUCACUAAUUCGAAAUGCGCUCUAACAACGAUGGGAAAGACAAUAGCGAUUGAGUCAAUAAUUGUGAAUUCGACGUUAGAAAUAAUAGAAAUCAAUCUCAAAAAUAGUUUAAACGAAGGAACUGAAGCAGUUCUAAAGCUGGUUUUUGAAGGACACCUUUCAGACAGAAAAUCCGGAUUCUUUCUGGAUAAAUAUACAGAUUCAGCCGGAAAGGAAAAAUAUAAUGCUGUUACAUUCUUUGAACCGAGCAAUGCAAGAAAAAUGGUUCCUUGUUUCGAUGAGCCCGCGUUCAAAGCAAAUUGGACAGUUACCGUGAUUCACCCCAAAGGAACUGUAGCAUUGUCAAACGGAAUUGAAGACAAGACAACAAAAAUUGAUAAGAAUUUCUUGAGCACAAAUUUCAAAACGACCCCUAAAAUGUCGUCGUACUUGUUGGCAAUUUUCAUUUCUGAUUUUAAAUUUGUCGAAGGAAAAACAAAUAGAGGAAUUGUUCUUCGUGUUUGGGCCCGAGGAGAAAAGAUAAAGGAAGCAGAAUACGCGUUAAAAAGCGGUAUCAAGUGCCUGGAAGCUUACGAGAACUACUUUAAAAUCCCGUACGCACUACCGAAACUAGAUUUGGUAGCGUCAGUACAUUUUAAUAUUGGAGCCAUGGAACAUUGGGGAUUAAAUAUUUACAAAGAAGAACUUUUAUUGUAUCAUCCAGAUGUUCAUCAAUUAACAAGAAAAUCUGAAGUGGCGAUUGUCGUCGCCCAUGAGCUUGCUCAUCAAUGGUUCGGAAACUUGGUGACUUUGAAAUGGUGGGAGUACUUGUGGUUGAAAGAGGGAUUUGCCGAAUAUAUCGAAAUUAUUGGUAGCGAUAUAAUCAAUGAUGGAAAAUUGAGAGAGAAAGAUCAGUAUUUCAUUAAUACGAUGGGUAUUGCUCUUGAAGUUGAUAGUACUGGCAUUGCUCAUCCUCUUACAUUCAAAUACGAUGAUCCGAGCCAUUUAGCGACUUCAUUUGGAGCAAUUUCGUAUAAAAAGGGUGCUUCUUUUAUUCGAAUGCUGCGAAAAUUGAUAGGAGAGAAAGAUUUCGAUAAAGGGAUUCAGGAUUACUUGAAAAAAUUCCAGUACAGUAACGCAGAACCGAUGGAUUUGUUUAGAAUAUUAGAAGAAAAUUCGUCGGAUCCAAAACUAAAUAUCACCUAUUUUGCAUUGCAAUGGACCACUCAAAUUGGAUUUCCGGUUUUGAAUGUGAAAAGAGUAAAUGAGACACAUGUGACAAUUGAUCAAACACGAUUCAAAAUGAAUAAAAAUAUAAUAGAUCAACCCCAAUUUAGUAAUCCAAGAUUUGGAUUCAAAUGGGAUGUACCAAUUUGGUACCAAGGAGGAGAAAGUAAGGAAAUCAGGUUCGACUGGCUUUCGAGAGAUGAACCACUGAUAUGGCCGAUUAGGACUCAUGUAGUUUUGAACUCCGAUUCCUUUGGUUAUUACCGCGUAAAUUACGAGGAAGGAGAAUUCGUGAAAAUUGUAAACCAGCUACUCAAAAAUCACGAGAUUUAUUCGGCGAUAACCCGCUUUCGAUUGAUUGACGACGCAUUUGCAACUGCUGCGGCAGAAAUAUCAAAUUACACUAAUCCUAUAAGACUGCUUGAAUACUUGAAAAAUGAAAAGGAAUAUCUACCCUGGAUCUCAGCUAAUACCUAUAUGAUAAAGUUGCUGAAAAAUUUCGAAAUUGAUCUAGAAAUGACACCAAUAAGAACGGUUUUAUUGAAGUUGAUCAGUAUGUCGCCACUGAAAAUAAGCGAUGAUUUUAUUUUCGGACAUUAUUUGGAUGAUGCGAAUUAUUUAACGACGUAA